ACCUCUGAUAGAGACCACAAGAGCGGAUAUAGCAGUUGGGCAGGCGGCACAACAGAAACCUCUCAAAGAACUCGACAUUAGACGAGCAAAAGCCCAAGAUUACUACGAGUCAUUGGGGGGUGGUCUAUCUUCCGAGAUUACAGGCGAACAAAGAGGCGCACGAACCACCAACCUAACGCGGAAACAAAGGUUGCAAGAGUUGUACAAGAAAAUAUAUCCCAUUGCCAACAUAGCUUACGAGUUGUGGAUUGCGGGUGUUACCACUGGGUGUGAUCCGGCUAUGGACCUGCCGAAUGGAUCAUACUGGGGCCCUUCCGAGACAUGCAACAAGUCAAACACACAUGAGAAUGAAAUUAAAUAUAUGACCAUAUCAUACUUCAAUCCGGUAGUCGAAGUACCAGUGGGGAACGCGCACCGUUGUCCGAAUUUAGAUGAUGGGAGCCAUUACUUUAAACUUGCAAAAUACUGUGAGCUCAUUGGCAAAGAUUGCUCACGCGAGCUACAAGCAUAUGAGUGA